AAAAAAAUUAUUAUCUGAGUCAGUAUAUUUAUUCAUGUAUGUAGCGCGGAAUAGGAGGGCAAGCGUACGAUUCAGUUGUCAGUUUCCUUUUGCAUGUCGUUAUAAAAUGACGCUCAGAUCUCUAUCUCCCAGUUUUGGGAAUAAAAUAACAAAACCUUUGGCGAACGAAAGUGAAAACUCAAACGAAUGUGAAAAACAAGUGUUGCUAAUGAAAAGCACAUUUGAUCCGAAAUUGUUUCCCGAUGAUUUCGAUACGUGGACUACAAAAGAACAAUACAAAUGGAUAAACGGAAAUCUUCGAAAGUUUUAUCCAAAUAUGCCGGAAACGUUAUUGGGACACGUGACCGCUAUCUUUCGCCAAAUUAAGUUUGAUCGAUCUCCGGUGGAGACGCCCGAAUGGCUGGAUAUAGAAAAGUAUCGCAGAGGACAAAAGCUUGUACGAGAAAAUGUUUCGGCAAUUACUGUCAGCAAACUGAUAAGUAUCGUUCACGUGUAUUGUUUCAUCGAUGCUCUAAAACCGAUUAUUAUAGGAGGAAACAGUCAUACGCUACAAUUGGGUUUCAAAAGAUACUUGUCGACUAUGAGGCGAAUAUCCAGCUGGUAUUUUGGAGAACCUUGGGUCAAAGGAACGCAAGCCUACAAAGACAUGCAAAUUGCGAAUAAAUAUCAUUUGUUAAUGAGGAACAAAUUGUGCCAACUCGAUAACGAGCAAAUUGACGCCGCGGCCACACUCGCGGAGUUACGAUGUUCGGAUCACGAGAUGCUUUUGAAAGAUUUUGCCGCUGCGUGUCCUUUUGAGAAACCCGGACAGUGUAUUUUCCCUUUAGAUAACUCGCCGUACAAACCGAAAGGUAUAAAUAAUACGGACAUAGCAGUCACGCAGGCUAGUUUUGUGAGCAUGAUCGUUCUUCGUCCGCAAGACUUGGGAGUGCACAAUGCAACCGACGAAGAUAUAGAAGCCUUCUGUCACAUGUGGAGAUGCUAUGGAUAUUAUCUUGGAUUAGAGGACGAGUACAACUUUUGUCGUGGCAAUUUGGCAGAAAUAAAACAACGCUUACGGGAUUAUAACGAAUAUUGGGUGAAGCCUUGUCUUAAGAAUGCCACGGUCGAAUGGGAGCACAUGACGAAAUGCUUGAUCGAGCCUAUGAAUUUCUAUCCUUACGUGUAUAUGCCUUACAAGUCCAUGUUACUGAUCGCCAUGGAUUUAUUAGAUUUAAAUAUGACGCGUUUGUACGCGUCUCUCAGUUAUUCAGAAUGGAUCGCUUACAAGAUUUACAAAUUUAUUUUAAAAUAUGGUUUGAAGGUGUCUAUUGUAAGAGAAGUUUUCAACAAAUUUAUAAUUGGCAUAUUACAUGAAACAAAAUUCAAUUGAAAGUAAUCAAAGAAUUUCUUCUUAUUUUGACAUUGGUGAACAAUUAUCACUCAAUAUUUGUUUAUUACUGUGUAAGACUUUCUUAAUCGCGUUAAAUGUAUAUUUUUGUUUUUUUUUUUUUUUUUUUUUUGUGUAGAAUUUGACAGAGUUAUUUUCUGCACAACAUAUCACUUAUAAACAUUAUGAUUUUUUAAAUUACUUAUUUCUCGUCUACGCUCUGAAGAAGACCAGAAAUGUUAGACAUCAAAUUUAUUUUUAUAAAAAUUAUUUAUAAAUAAAGACAUUUUUAGCAUUAAAAAUUAUUUAUUUUAGAUCUACUUUUAAAAUGUGAUUGUCUUUAUUAUAUGUUAAAAGAGAAAAUAUGGGAGUCGAAGUACGUUAACAUCGCAAUGACUUGUUACUGCUGUGUGAUAUUGUCAUAUAAGUAAGAAAUAAAGAUUGUCCCAAAAUCGUUAUCAAAA